GCCUUAUGUACGAGAUCCGUUUGUUGUUGGGCGUCCUUCCCAACUCGUCCCGAUGGGCACCCCCCGUGCCCUGCAACCCCAUGGGAACGCUCCGACCGCUAGUUCUGAGGAUUGGGCUGGGAUGAAUUCGGAAGUGAAGUCUCAUUCAGUACGAAAAACACGAUUAUGCCGGGGCAGAACAAACUUGAAGCGCCAGAUGGCGGUAGUUCUAUCGGCCGUGGCACUUGUACAUGUAGCCAACUCGAGGAUUCUGGGACUAACCAUAGAAACGAUGAAAACCAUCCCAAUUUACCUAGGCCAAGAUGACCCCUGAAUUUCCCCGUAAAUGGAUGGUCGGGUAUGAUUCCUAUUACAGCAGGCGAGGCGACGAUCCUCCACUGGGUGACGGAAUCCACUUUUUCGGACGGUAUCGGACUCGGCCGUAGACGAGAGGCGUAGAACCCGUGGACCGUGGUAAGGCACCUG